GCAGCCGCUGCUGCUGCAGGGGGAGCAUCCGUCCAACAGCCCGCAGUGCCGCGAUGUGCGACCGUUUCGUCUCUGUUCCGCUUUCACCCACAUAAUCCCAUUUUCAAGAACGCCGAGGAGAAGGUCCGUUAGAGAGGGUCGAGCUCUAUGCAACGUGCGUCUUAACUGAGAUGGAGAAGGCGCUCACUCUUUUCCGUAAAUAUCUACAUGGUUUCUGGAGAUGUGGGUGUCUACAGAGUUUUCCCUUUCAAUGACUGGACAGAAGAAGUGAGGUUUCAGGAUGCGGUCAAUGAGGAAGACGGUGUUGCUAGCCAUCCUGGUGUCUGUGGUGCUAGUACUGGCCCUUCUCCAUUCUUGGCCCACUCGGGCAUAUACCACAGUGGAUGUUUGGCAGCGACCAGCGUUUAUAAUAGAGAGGCAUCUGGAGGAGAGGCUCCCAGAAUCAGACCAUCAAUUAAGCAAUAUUCCGUUCCAUGUAAGGGAUAAUGUGGCAAGCAUGCUGGCCCGUAAUGGAUGCAUAUGUGAGGGCGAAAGUGGGGGAGUAAACUUACCGUUUGCAAAACUCUUAUUCCCCCGGGUGUCAGCUCACCCGCUGCACACUGCCUUUGAGGCUUCUGAGCUGGAGGAAAUGAAGAGGAGACGAGCCAAGGAGUACAACAGCUUCCAGAAGAGGUCAAAGACCCCCACAGAUGUACUCAUUGUUGCAGAGGCUAACAGUCCCUUGCAGUAUCCGACACAGGGGGUGGAAGUACGACCCCUGAAAACAAUCAUCAUCCCAGGCUUGGCCUUACAUGACCUUCCCAGAGACCAUUACUCAAUAAACCUCACUGCCACGCUUGGAACUCUAAAUGUGGCGGCAGAGGUAGAUGAGGUGAAAAUCAAAGGUGAUGGCGAGAUGCACAUGACUCUUUCCAGCCGCCUGCUGCCGAACCUGAACCGACAGCUGCAGUUUGUCACCUACACAAACACGCUGUUUCAUCCCAGCACCGCAGACACAGUGCAGCUUGAGACAGAGGGACAUCAAGCCGUCUUCAGCAUCAAGAUCCGACACGGAAUAACGCCUAAACUGUACAACACUGGAUCCAAAGGAGAAUACAACGUCAGCGCCCUUGUGACGAUAGCGACAAAGACUUUCCUGCGUUACGAUAAGCUUAAAGAUCUUAUUGACAGCAUCAGAAGAUACUAUCCUACUGUUACAAUAGUUAUCGCUGAUGACAGUGAAAAUCCCCAAGCCAUCUCUGGGCCUUACAUUGAACAUUAUAUCAUGCCCUUUGGAAAGGGUUGGUUUGCCGGGCGAAACCUGGCUGUUUCCCAGGUGACCACGAAAUACAUACUGUGGGUGGAUGAUGACUUCAUUUUCACAGCCAACACCAAGCUGGAGAAGCUUGUGGAUGUUUUAGAAAGGACCACUCUAGAUCUGGUGGGUGGUGCAGUGCGGGAGGCCACAGGGUACACCGCCACCUAUCGGCAAACCAUCUCCAUUGAGCCAGGAGAGGAAGAUGGUGACUGUUUACAUAUGAGGCGAGGAUUUCAUCACAUCAUCGAAGGCUUCCCCAACUGUGUUGUGACUGAUGGGGUCAUUAACUUCUUUUUGGCUCGUACAGACAAAGUCCAGCAGGUCGGCUUUGACCCACGCCUCACCAGGGUCGCUCAUCUGGAGUUUUUCAUUGAUGGCCUGGGAUCUCUCCAUGUGGGCUCUUGCGAUGAUGUCAUUGUCAAUCAUGCAACCAAAAUCAAACUUCCCUGGAUCACCCAAUCAGAGAGCGACAAGACUUACGCCAAGUUCCGUUACCCGUCAGCCUCCUCUGAUGCCACACACACCAAAAACGGCCCUCCUGUACUUCAAGAAUCGAUUUCAGUGUUUGACUCAUAAUUAGCUCCCCAUCUUCUCUUUAUCUCGAAGGUUCCUCUGCUCUUUCUGAGUUGCCAAAGAAGUUCUCCUCCACCGCACCCUGUCAGAUAAGAUUUCAGACAAAUACUUUGGUUUGCCUUUUCGUGAGAACCUUGAAAUGAUUUUCCAGCUCCAGCUAUUAGAGCAGUUUUAGCAUGUUUUAUCUAUAGGGGCACAGCUCUGCAAUGAGCUGAAAAGUUCUCAAGCAUCCAGGAGCCUAAUAUAAAAGUUUAGGCUCUCCUUCGGAGUGAAGAUGGGAGAAAAUCAGCUGUAGUGCCCAGUAAAAUCUUGAGUAAUAAAGGGAUCUGGCUCAGAUUCUGCACAAAGGAGCUGAGCUUUGGAAGAGCCCAACAGGUAGCAGCCAGUGUAACUUCAUUGUCAUCCUGUUCUAAUGUGGGUAAAUGUACAUGUGUUCUCAUCAAUUUGCACUAUCCAAAUAGACUUGAACUUGGAAAAGCAAUCAUGAUGUCUGAGAGAAUGAGAACGAUGACUUUUUGUCACAAAGCACAAAAAGACCCUUUCAGUUAAGUGACAGUGCUGCUGACUCAGAGCUCAAAUCUGUCCUUCUUACCAAUGCCACAUGAAGAACGUGUUCCAGAUCUUUUCACACGUGGGGUUCUGUUACUGACUGGUCGUGCCAAACUUUUUGGAUGCUGGCUCUGGGGUGCUUUUAUUUGUUAUGGUUAUGGUUUUGUUACCCGUUACCCAGAAUCCUUUGUGUCACCCGUGAGUGAUAAAUCUGAUCUGAGGAGGAGAAACUUUGGGUCCCAUUCAUCUGGUGUCACCUGGUGUGGGAGCAGCUGUGUUUUCAUCUUCUGCAAUCUGUCGGUCUCUCCAACAACUGAAGAAAAGGAAGCAUUUGGGUGUCCGUGCAUGCUGAUGAAUGAUACUGAUAAAUGCAAAUGCAUCUUUAAAUGCUGCCUAAAAGAAAAGUUGGUUGAACCAAAGUGCAUGUUUAUUUCACGUCUUUAUGAAAUAAGAAGAGAAUCAGUGAGACCUUGAUGAUUAAGGACAGUAUGGGUGGAUGCAGCAUAAAACUGUGAGAGGGGAAAGAAGAUCCUGUUUUUUCUACUGAAAUUUCUCUUUGGAGAAGUGUUGUAUGUCAGAGACUGAAGUGAUGAUCCCAUGUUUUAUACUAUGGCCUCUAGAUGGCUUUGUAUCACUGUAUUUAUUUCCUGAGAAGUCAAAUAAGUUUUUAACAUUUAAUAUUAGCAACAAGGUGCCAGAGAUUUAUCACGAUUUUUUUUUUUAAUCCAGAGAGAAAUAAUAAUUUGUAACAAUUUUUCCCUCCUUUUUGCCUUUAUUGAUAGUGCAGUUAAUAGAGCCGGGAAAGCAGGGAGAUAUCAGGUCAGAAAGCAGCUUGUCGGGUCAGAAUUGGACCCGGGCUGCUGCAGCACAUGGUCACCUGGUCAACUCGUGAGCUCAACUGGCACCCGUUUGUAACUAUUUCAUGUGGCGAUUCUGUCCAUAAUGGGUUAUUUAUUUCUGUUUUUCACCCAAACAUGACAUUUGCUCUGUUGAUGGAAGAAACUACAACAGUGAUACUGUUAAUAAAGGUUUGUGCUGGUGUUUGUACUGACGAAUUUGUCUCAAUUUAAAUUUGUAACGUUAACAGAUGUAUA